AUGGAGUUAGAGAUAAGCAAGGAAGAUAUUGAGAGCAUAAAGGACUAUUUAAAGAGGAGAGGGAAGGGGAUGGCCUGGGUUGGGUAUUCAUUAAAGAGAAGGCGGUUUAUUGAGUACUGCACUAAUUAUUUCUUCUUAGGGGGGGACACUUUAUACAGGAAGACUGGGCAUGGGUCCGAGAAAGUAAUUGGACCAAUUAGAUUUGGUAGGUUUAUGGAGGAGUGGCCUAAGCGUAUGGUAUAUAAAAAGCAUGAGAGAAAAACAAGAACAUAA